AUGAUGAAAAACAUGUCAACAUCUGCCGGGAUAGCUCCUCAUCUAACUAACCGCUGCGUCCGAUCUACAUCAGUUACAGUGCUCUCAGAUCACAACAUUGAAGCCAAGCAUAUUAAGACUGUCAGUGCUGGACACAAAUCAGACAACUCCAUUGAAUCUUACUGUUCCAGGGCUUCCUUUCAGCAGAAAGGGAACAUGUCCAACAUAUUGGGUGGCUUCAUCUCUGGUGACUCCGCAGAACCACGAGUUCUUGUACUCGAGGGUGCUUCAACAACGAAAGAGCUUACUGGAGCAAGCACUCUUUCUGUGGCUCCAAAGAAUCAACAGUCAGCAGUGCAAAUGCAAAUGCCGCAGUCGUUCAGCUUUCAUUGCUCCUCUGUUUCCAUCGUAAACAAUACAACAACUACGUUUCGAUGA